CGCGAAAUCGAAUAUAUUUUAGAGCUCCCUUUCGAAUUGUUCAAGAAUCAGGAUGUGACUGAGGAAAUACCAUUCACUUUUCUACGAUGAAAUAUGUGUGGCCUCAGCAGUGGUCAGAUUGGGUAUAUUCAAAGUUCAUCCAUGUGAGAAUAUUAUAUACCUAGUUGAUGACAGAACGAGAAAUAUGGAUAGAAAAGUGGUAUAAUUUGGUGCUACCUUAGAAGGGUCCUCCCUAUCAAAGGCAGCCUGAUAGAAAUUUGGUAUACUUUGGUGAUCCACAGGAGGAGGGGGUCCUCUCUAUCCAAAGGCAGCCUUUCCUUAACGUAAAAACAAUUUGUAGGUUGGAUGAUUGAAAUCAUGUCAAUAUGACAUAUCCACUUCACAUUGGUGCUUUGUUUCCUCGCUGCCAUGAUUAGCUUCUCUUGUCAUUGAUAUUAAUUCCAUGUGAUCCCUUUUGCUGUUACAGCAAGAUCUUAUUUCUUUUUGGGGAAGAUUGGCUUCUGAAACUCACUCCCUCCACAGUCAAUCAUAAAUAUUAAAAUAUCUCUCCUCAAAGGAAAAUAGAAAUGGUUGGAAAAAUUAUCUAUGUAGUCCCUAGAUUUUGAUAAAUAUGUUUAUUUGGUCCAUGAAUUUAAAAGAAAAUACUUUAUCCUCAAUAUUAUAAGAAUAGACUCGUUUGAGUCCCUGAGUUUUUUAAAAUAGGUUUAAAAGACUUCUCAGGACUUAAAUUAUAAUUAUUCAAAAUAAUAGUAUUAUUAUUUCUCUUUUUUCUCUUUUUUUUUUUUUUUUUUUGAAUAAUAAUAAUUUAGCAAACAAAGAGCAAAGUGGGAGCAUCUUCUCAUGCAUAGGAAGAUUCCAACAAGUAUUCAACAACCAAUUUUGUGUUAGAAAGUACUAGUGGGCCCACAAACCACAAUUAAUUAAAUCACUUUGAUUCAAAUAUGGCCAAAAGUAUUAUAUAUUGAAUUUUGCCAAACUCAUUUCCAAAGGUUAUGUAAUGAAUUUUGCCAAACUCAUUUUCAAGGUUAAUUUCCUAUACGUAUCUACAAAACUAAAUUCCUCACAGAAAGUGCUUUAUGGUUCUCAAAAUCUUUGCUAUUCAUUUGUUUAAAUGCGCUUUAUGAUUUUAAUGUAAACAUUAGUUUAUUAGAAGAUAUUAAUGUAAUUAUAAUCUAUGGUUUAAACAGAUACAACUCUAGAAACUUCAUCCUACCUCAAAGUUUAUAGGUAUAAAUUUGUUCUUUUUUAUAGACCUAUUAAGCACUCUUCAAACAAAAUUUGAAAAAUUAUUUCAAAUGAUAAAAUUUUUUGAAAUUAUUUAUAAAAUAUCAUAAUGUAUCUGUAAUAAAUUGUACGAUCAUAGACCACAUAGAUAGUAAUCCAUCGGUUCGUGGAUAGGAUGAUAUUUUGCUUGUUUCAUUUCGUUAUAUUUGAAAACUAUUUUUUUUUUAUUUAUUUUUAAAAAAUUGGGUAUUUUAUUUAAAAAAAUAGAGAGAAAAAGAAAAAGAAAAAUGUAUUUACUAGUUCGACACGUCGUUCACGUGGAGCUCCCUCCAACGGGACGACAAAACGACUUUCCUUUCCAUCCCCCAAAGAGAAGAAAGGAAGCGACGGACGACGUCGUAAGAUCUGCACAAAGCAAAAAGAGAACAGAAUUUAAAUUUCUGAGAGAAUCAAAAACAAAAAAAUAGAGAAAAUCCAUAGCCAAUGGUGAUGGAAGAUCUUACCGAAGAAGAAAGACGUGCUCUACGAGGAAGCAAGUUCGCUCCUCUCCCAUCGCAAUCCACUUCUUCUCGAUCUCACCCAAGGUUGGCUCAUCCAGGUGGACCAUUGAAAACCAACAAAGCCGCGGCUCUCGCUAAGUUUCUUCACCGGAAAUUGCACCAAGAUCCUAAUGCUUUCUCUUCUAUUAAUCCCCAGAUUUUGGACCUUGCUGUUCGAAAUGCCAAAGCCUCUGUUCAUUCCAGUGGUACAAAUAUUCGGCAUGUGGACACAUUUGAUGACCCUGAGGCUUCUUUUGAUGAAGGGGAAUCUAUGAAUUCUGAGCCUAAAAAACAAAAGAAAAAGAACAAGAAGAAGAAAAAUAAAAAUAAGAAGAACAAAAGGCAAAAGAUUGUUGAGGACUCCGAGUGUGGCGUUGGAAAAAACCCAAACCCAAAAAGAAGUUGAGAUUGUGAGCUGAAAGGAAAGGAAACAGAGCUGGAGAUAAUCAGUUUUCAGAAGAUUGGAGAAUUAACUUGAAAGGAUGAACCUUUUUUUGGAAGCAAGGCAGCUAGUAAGCCAUACAGGGUUGCUGUUCCUGAUGUUUUUGAACGAGAACUAUAAAGUCUCACAUUCACGAGUCUAAAACAAUUUGAUUUCUCUAGUGAAAGAAUGAUGUUUAGCUUCUCUUACUCAUGUUGCAACAUUCUUUUGUUUUGUUGGCAAAUAGCAACUUUCUUUAAAUCCAAUGACCUGAAUUCGAUUUUUCAUAUGAGAAAUAUUUUCCAUAUGUAUCAUUCAUGGCUUCUAUCACUUAAUGCCACUUCUACUCAUUUGACAAA